AGCGCCAAGUCGAGAGCAAUUCACCAUCUCAGCCAUUGCACGAGACAUCCGUGCGGUUGCCGUAUUUGCGACUCCUCAGUCUAGCGCUGCUCCCGCCCAAGCUUUCCGGUCAGAAAGCGCAUUCAACGAUGCCUCGUUGGGGCGACUCGCCGACCACACAACCACAAUCACAAGGGCAACCGGCAUCGCUGUCCCCCUCGCAAUCGUCUUCGGGCUCCUUUGAUUCCCCAGCAUACUAUUCUUCACCCAGCUCGUCUCAAGUAGGUGGCAGACGAGGUGGCGGCUCUUCAGCGGCUUCUAGCAAUAACACUAGCCCGCCAAUUGCCACAAGCUCCGACACAACCUUACCUUUUCUCCACCACUCUAGCACUCACAACCUCGCUCAAGCAGCAAAGGCUCUUUCGGCUAGCGGGGCGGUCGCAGGGUCAGCGAAUCAGCAGGAAGCUCGGUCAGCAUUGCGCUUGGCAGCAGGCGCCACUGCCGGCACUCGGACGCAUAGCGCUGCAACUCCUUCUCGCAGACUCUCUCCUAACGUCAUGGCAUCCAGUCACCCCAGUGCCUCUGUCGCAUACGAUUCUUCGGUAAACUCCGGCGCGGCACACUCUGGGGUAGCUUUCGUCAGAGGCGACCACGCUGUAGGCAGUGCGCCGAUCGAGCGCUCGCCUCGAUCAGGCUACUCAAGGUCUCCUCCCGAAAGCCGCAUGAAUGAAAUGUCUCAAGGGCCUGGAACAGAGGAUCGGACACGGUCGCGAAGUGGCAAUGGACCUGCUUCCAAAACUCGGAGGACCACUAGUCCGCUGCAACAGACUUCGUGGGCCGAGCCAGGUCCUUCUCACCAGCAAGAUUGGGAUGCGCGGGCCGACAGUCUGGAACGGGCGCCUGGCACCUCGACUGCGGCUCAAGCAGCCUCCACGGUGUCUCCGCGCAUGAACAUUCGCAACUCACCUAGACGCACGGAAGCGGUCCCGGAUGCGAUUGCGACGGAGGCUUUGCACUUGGCGCAGACUAGCCCACAGUACACCGCAAAGACGCGAAGAAGUAGCAUGAUCAGGGAGUUGCAAGGUCAAUCUUUACCUGGGGGCGGGCCUGCACAGCACUUGGACCUCGCGACGUUUCCGCCACAGGACUUAUUGCGCGUGCUCGCUGCACUGCUCAACCAGAUCGCGACUGCUAACGACGAGCUGAAACCUGGCGGUACGGGCGCUGACCGGCGGAAAGAAUCGAGGUCGAGGGGGGGCAGCAGAAGACAGGACGGCGUAGACCCGGGUGCGGGAGGCGAUGGGAUGGCAGUCAGUGCGCAGAAUGGUGCUUCUCCAGCGCCCUCCACGGGCGCCUCUUCCACAACUGCCCGUGAUACGAGGCACGACUUGGCAACCCCGGAAGGUUUGGACAUCAGGUCAGGAAGUGCGGAUAGCCAAGGCAAAGGAAGCUGGCCGCCGAUUACGACCGCAGCACUGGGUGCAUUGGGCACUCAGAGCAGCACACUUUGCUUUCAUGCACGCAAUGUGCCGAGCAUCAGCAUCGAGUCGUACUUGUUGCGCAUCCUCAAGUACUGCCCGACCACCAACGACGUUUUUCUCUCGCUUUUGGUCUACUUUGAUCGGAUGAGCAGAAUGGGAUUGGGCGCUGCGCCCGGAUCUAGUGGCUCGGGAAGUCCGGCGGGCCAAGCAGCUGGUUUGCCAGCCUUGGAUGGCGAAGAAGUCUCGAGCGGUAGUAGCGCCUUGGCUAGAGAUAAUCCAGGAUUUGCCAGUGCGCUUGCAGAACCUCAUCCUGGGAUGAAAGGCUUCGCAAUCGAUAGCUAUAACGUCCAUCGUCUAGUCAUUGCGGGCGUAACGGUGGCCAGCAAAUUCUUCUCUGAUGUAUUCUACACCAAUUCUCGGUACGCCAAGGUGGGGGGUUUGCCCGUGCACGAGCUCAAUCAGCUUGAGCUGCAAUUUCUGUUGCUAAACGACUUCCACUUGGUCAUACCUUUGGACGAGAUGCAGCGUUAUGCUAACCAGCUGCUGGUGUACGGCUCGGGACAGUGGAGCCCUUCGCGCGUUCGGGAGCUGGCCCCGCCAGAGCAACGUGCUGUGCAGGUUGAAGAGCCUCGCAGCGCAACUUCGCCGCAGAAUACAGGCAGCGCUGCAAUGUCGACUUCCCAAUGAGCUGGCACGCGUCGCACUUCGGAUGUCAUUUCUUUCGACAGCAAAGGGCAUUUCUCACGUCGCGCAAUGGGCAGCUCUCUGACUAAACUCCUUUUGGCCUUUGCUCAACUCACGCAAGCCGAAGUUUUUUUGAUCACAUUCUUACCCAAUUUCCCCUCUCGUCAUGCGCUUCCUGUACUGUAUGGACGGAGUUCGAUAGAUCUGCCAACGCAUCUUUGACUGCGCUU